AUGGAGUUCGCCAAGCUAAGUGUAGAUGGCUGCAACUAUAUCACUUGGGCGCCGGAAGUCCGGAUUAUACUUGGAGUGGAAAAGCUCUACGCUACCAUUGGCGUAGGAACAAGUAGUGCAAUGGUUCCUAUGGAGGAUGAGAAUGAUCAGGCAUUUCAAUUUCUACGCCACCAUCUCUCCCCCACUUUGAAGGAUGAGUCCAUGGCAAUGAUUAGUGCUAAGGCACUAUGGAAAGCAAUGCAGGAGCGUUUUGAGCGUCUUAAGCACACCAUCAAGCCUCUUGCAGAGCAAGAAUGGGAAAGAGAUCACAAGAGGAGAAAAUUCAGAAGACUCUCCGCUUUCCACCUGAAUGCGGCAGAAUCCACAUGCAACCACCAUCAAUCAAAAUACAAGAAGUAUUCUGAACUGAUUGAUGUGUUGCAGUUUCAUAAAGUUCAUGAUGAAGAAGAAACUAGCGAAAAUGUGCGCGCUGAAAUAGAAAUUGAUUCUGGUAAACUAAAGGGUCUUGCUCCACCAUUAAGAAAUAAUGAAGAAGCAUCUAAAAGUGCACCUAAAAGAAAUUAUGAAGAGCAAGAUGAAGAAGCACCUAAAAGUGCAACCUAUGAUGAAGUAGCAAUGAACUAUGUGAAUUCAAGGGAAUCCUGA